AUGGACCAGCCACCCCAAACCGACGGGGAGUCCGGCAAAACCAAACACCGUCCGCAGCAGUCCUGCAUCAAAUGUCGCGAACGAAAGGUCAAGUGCGAUCGUGAAAAACCAUGCCGGUCUUGUAUUGCCCGCGGCUGGCAGGAUGAAUGCCAAUAUCUGCGCGAUGAUGAAGACCGCCAGCAGAUCAGCCAGGCCGAUGAGAUAGAUGCCCUGCGAAAGGAGCUCAAUCGUUUAAAAAGGCGAUAUACAGAUGUGCAGCAAACAAGCAGCGAGAGUCCCACUGCUGCGCCAUCUUAUACCGCUAAUAGAGACCAUGACAACGCUGUGACAGGCGAGCCAUUAUCAUGGCCACGAAAAGCUCAGAAGAGAACCGCCUCGGAUAGGUAUGAUGGCGAUACAUCUGCAGGCCCUGUAUUUAAUGCCGGUUAUCCUGGUAUGGUAAUGCACAGUAAUACUAUGGGGUUGGAGUAUGCGCCAAAUUUCCCAGGACAACCAUCCAAUGGCGUAGAAAAUACCCACUAUUCGCCUUCAAACAUGAUGGGGUUUCAUGAAGCAUUUCCUGGCCAGGCGAUGGGCAGAGGCCCUGAGUAUCUGGAGAAUGCUUCUGACUGGGGAGUUCCUGGCUACUAUGGUGACAACAACAGUCUACAAAUGGGCACACCUUUACUCUAUAGCCAGCAAGGCAUGCCAUCGAAUAUUCAACACGCAGCUGCCCCAGCAUUUGCGCCGUCUUUUGUUGCAGAAAGCACCUUUCAUCAACUCCAGCAACACCCUCAGACCAAUUUCUGGCGGGGUAAACAGUCUUUAAUGCAGAAUAUUUACAGAAUUAUCCGUGACUGCGAUGAAGCAUGGGUACCGUCCAUCAUUAGCAUCGUACGUAGUAGCCAGUCGCCAGAAGAAGCUAUACGAUCUAUACAUCGCUUGUUGAGGAGCUCGAGAUCGCCUACUGGGUCUUCGUCUGUGCCGUCAGAGACAGAUGCCUCGGCUGCUCGGGGCUUACCAAACACGUCGCGAUCAGCGUCAAACCAGUCUUCACCGAAUGGGUGGACCGGAAAUUAG